AUGGCUCCUAAUUGUCUUGGUUCCUGCCUUUGGAGGGUCUCUACCUCUCUUCUUCUCUUUUUGACUGCCUCGACUAUCUCUGCCACUUCCAGUGUUGAUGACGGCAAACUGUUUACGGUCAAUGGUAUCAACUACUAUAGUGGUGAUGCGGUCUCGAGAGUAGUUACCUCGGAUUUCAAUUCGACUCGAUUCGAUACAAUCGUUCCCCUGACGGUCAUUCGGACAGAUGAAGCUCUGCUCACCACGAACAUUGUAAAAGAAACCAUUUCAAACUAUUCGGCCACCGAUGAUGUUUUUCAGGCAGGAUUUCUUGAAGCGGUUUUCUUUGUCUACGACGGAGAUGGUCGUGGCCAAGUCGAGUCUGCUGUUCAAAAAGCUCUGAGUGGACUUGGAAAUAGACUUGUGAUGGCAUCUUCCAGAUACCGAGCUGGGGCACAUAUCACACCCGCCAAACUGCUUCAUGACGUACCAAAGGGGCCCUACUUUUACUCGCCGCAGACUGGAGAGAUCUAUCAGGCCUUCCGCCUGUACUCCGAUCAUCAGCUCGCAUUCACUGAAGCUGCUCUUAGUGAUGGGGCCGGAGGGUUCAAACCCUUGCCAGCAACCUCAUCGGGUGCGAUGACGAAGAGCAUUGCUGUGCCAUCUAGGUUAUACUACACGCCAACAUCAACGAAGCCACUUGCUGGGCUACGUUUAGGAGUGAAAGAUAUCUUUGAUUUGAAGGGACUACGGACUAGUGGUGGCAAUCGGGCCUUUUACGAUUUAUAUCCUCCGCGAAACACCACGGGCCCCGCACUCCAGAGACUCAUAGAUGCGGGAGCCAUUGUCGUAGGGAAAAUGGGCACUGUGCAAUUUGCAAAUGGAGACAAUCCAACAGCUGAUUGGGUCGACUUCCACUGUCCUUUCAACCCUCGAGGUGAUGGCUACCAAAGUCCCGGUGGUUCUUCAUCCGGACCUGGUGCCGGUAUUGCAUCUUACGACUGGCUGGACAUUGCCGUAGGAAGUGACACAGGUGGCUCUAUGCGCAACCCAGGCGGAAUGCAGGGACUCUUCGCCAACCGUCCUUCUACUGGGGCUGUAUCUCUUGAUAAUGUUCUUCCACUUUGCCACGCACUCGAUACUGCUGGUGUUUUUGCUCGCAAUGCUGCAACCUGGUCAAAAGUUAUCCAUGCAUGGUACCCGAACUUCACCAGCUAUAGAGAGUAUCCGAAAAGGUUGUUCUACCAGAACUCUUCUUUCCCUAGCUCCAACACCACAUCCGGUGCAAUGCUUGAGGAAUUUUUUAUGAAAGUGGAGGAUUUUCUGGGUACAAAGAGGGUAUUCGUUGAUGUCGCUUCGCAUUGGGAGAAAAGCCGCCCUUCAGAGACACCCUCGAAUAUAACCGACUUACUGAGUACAACAUACGCUGUGUUGGUAUCUGUCGAUCAAUAUCGCUCACUUUCUUUGCCAUUUUACGCAGACUACGCAGCAAAGCACGAUGGUCGCCGACCAUUUGUGAAUCCAGGUCCCUUAGCACGGUGGACCUGGGGCCAGAAUAAUGGUGGUGACACCGCAUACAGCGAAGCUAUGAAAAACAAAACGAUCUUCAAAGACUGGUGGGAAUCAGAUGGAUAUGGAAAGGCAGACAAACAGACUUGUUCUGAGGGUAUCUAUAUGUACCCUUACAGCAAGGGUCAGACAAAGUAUCGGAAUGCCUAUUUUGAUGCACCUUCUGCGCCUCCGAUGGGCUUUUCGGAUGGUCGGAUCGCCGUCUUGGCCGGUACCCCUGAUCUGGUAGUUCCUAUUGGAGAGGUCCCCUAUUACUCUACGAUCUCGCUCAAAACGGAGUUCAUGCCUGUUACGAUGAGCUUUGGCGCAGCCCGGGGCUGUGAUUUGAUGCUGGUUAAUCUCAUCGAGGAUUUGGAACAAGCAGGUAUCUUGAAGCCCGUGAGCACAGGGUCAAUGAUGUACCCU